AUUCAAGAAGUGAUGCUGAAAAGUGAAGCAAUAAGGAUAUCCGCUUGAAUAUUGGAAGUUUUAAUUUUUUAUAUAUUUUUUUUUAUAUCACAAUGACAACCAAGUCUUCACUACUUAAAGUCAUCCUCCUUGGAGAUGGGGGGGUAGGGAAGAGCUCCCUUAUGAACAGAUAUGUCACAAACAAGUUUGACACUCAGUUAUUUCAUACAAUAGGAGUGGAGUUCCUGAAUAAGGAGCUGGAAGUUGACAACCAUUCAGUCACCAUGCAGAUCUGGGACACUGCUGGUCAGGAGCGUUUCAGAAGCCUAAGGACCCCUUUUUACAGGGGCUCUGACUGUUGUCUACUCACCUUCAGUGUGGAUGAUUCUCAGAGCUUCCAAAAUCUGAACAACUGGAAAAAAGAAUUUAUCUACUAUGCAGAUGUCAAGGAUCCAGAAAGUUUCCCAUUUGUGGUCCUGGGAAACAAAAUAGACAUGACAGAAAGGCAGGUGUCAUUGGAUGAAGCCCAGGCUUGGUGCAGAGACAAUGGUAACCAUCCUUACUUUGAAACCAGUGCUAAAGAUGCCACUAAUGUUGCAGCAGCAUUCGAAGAAGCAGUUCGAAGGGUUCUGGCUAUUGAAGAUCGAUCGGAUCAGCUUAUCCAUACAGAUAUGGUUAAUCUUAAUAGAAAGCCCAAGCCUAGUUCAAAUUGUUGCUGAAUCCUUGGAUUUUUGAAAGGCUUAUAGUUCCUCCUAUAAUUUAGCAGCACCCAGCAGCGUAUCUUCUGACUUACAGCAAUGUACUCCCAAUAACUUUAUGCCUUAACAGCAGGGACACACGGUAUGUCCUUCCUAUUCAGAUGAGCAAGCAUUAACGAAUUAACGACUAGCUAAUUUCUGAUUUGAAUGCUAAUUAUUAUUUUCCUAAAACUGGAAUAACCACAAAAUAUGAU